UAGGCGUUUGUCAGUCUUGGCCUUAUAGUGAUUGUGACCAUUGCAAAGUAAAUACUUACGGAUUAAUCUCAACAAGCAUUAGGCUCUCUGUCAACAUUCGUGAGGAAUUUAAUAGACAGUGGGGUUUCUACAGUAGUGAAUGGACUUCCCGAUAUUUCAACUUUGACCCCCUGAUGCUGAGGCGGACACUUAGAUUUAUCGAACAGCAUCAUCUUAAUGUGUUAGUGACAAAAACGGGAUUUUAAUUGAAAACGGACGCUGGAAAAGAGGAUUACCAACAACUCUACAAUUGGUGACGGGCAUUUAAUACAGUCAGAUCCCAGUAAAUGAAGGACUUAGCUAGUAUUCUUUGACCCCUUGUGUACAAAUCAUGACCACUUGACCAGUUGGACUGUGUCGCGGAAUAAAUCGGAUUUGUGUGUUUACGUUUCGUGUCAUUACCAGUAACACAAUGUAUCAGUCUAUCUAUGACUUGCUGAGAACGCGGAGGGAAUGUAAGGAGAAUAUCUACUCCCAGUUUCCAGAACGGUUGCCGAUGAAUGCCAUGCACCCAAACCAGCCCGCAAUGGAGAGUAUACAUGUUUAUGAGGAGAUCGAAAGCAUUGCCCAGAUCAUCAGCCCAUGUAAGCGUCUGAAGGUGACAGGGAGUACAGAAGAGAGAAGUUCCUCCCUCCAACCUGAUGAUUCCUACCCAACCAGUACUCCAGUAGUAAAACCUGGCCCCAAGUCCAAACCACUCAAGGUUCUACAAAGUGAAGGACAGCUGAAGAUUUCUGCCUACAUGAACUUUGGCCUUUUGACUGUUCAUGUUGUGCAGGCUCGUCAUCUGCAGUCCAAGUGGAAACCCCUCUGUAACUCCUACAUCAAGAUGUCUUUGAUUCCGGAUGACACGAAGAAGUCCCGCUGCAAGACUGAGACUGUGAUUGACUCGAACAACCCGCUCUACGACGAGAAGUUCUCCUUCGAGCUGACUGAGGAAGAUUACAACAAACGUCUGAUGGUAUCUGUCUGGCACAGGGACCAAGGCACAAGUGUGACAGAAUUUUUGGGCUGUAUGUCGUUUGGUAUCUGUCAUCUGCUGAACCCCAGGAAGGAUGUUGGGGGGUGGUACUACCUUCUGACUGAGGAGAUUGGACGUAAGAAGCAUCUACAGGUGUCCCACAAACAGAAACCAGAACUCAAGCUACGAAACCCAGAGAACAUUCCACAGGUCAACAAAGAUGUAUGGGGAAUGGAUUCCGUCAGCGUAACCGUUCACCGAGGCAAGCACGGCUUUGGCUUCUCCGUGAUCGAAUCCUGUCCUGUCAAGGUUGGCCGCGUUGAUAGAGCUUCCCCUGCCGAGAGCGCAGGACUCCAGCCUGGUGACUGUGUUGUCCGUGUCAACAGCCAGAAUGUGUCCCGAUCACAGGCCGUGAGCGUUGCCAAGCUUGUCAAGCAUGCAGGCAACUCCAUAGUUCUUGACAUUCAGCGCCCCCGUCAGAUCUCCAUCGAGACCCUUGACAAGUCACCAUGGAAACAGACCCCUGCUGGGACCUUUGAGCAACACGACAUCCGUGCCGGCCUGGACCCCAGAGAGUCAUCAGAGGCAGAUUCCUACGAGGAGUACAAGGAGAACGAGAUUUCUGUCGACGAGAACCUGCUUAUGCUUCCCAGCAACCUCAUCACCAGUACCCCUCUCCCACUGUUCUGUAACGGCCACCAGACUGUCCUGACUGCUGAGCGACGAAAGCAGGAGGCCAUGCACCGACUCUUGACCCUGGAGCUUGACUUCAUCGACUUCAUGCAUGCUGGCAUGCAGCGCUUCUCCCGACCACUUCGCCACUGCAUCCUCAGCAAGAAACAGCACACAGCUCUCUUCCAGAACAUUGAGAAGGUAGUGACAAUUUCCGAGUACCAGGUCAAGCAGAUCAACGACAACCGUCCCUCCAUGCUCUCCUCGGACACUGACGGCUCCAUGAGCAGUGCUGAUGGCCAGAACUUCAUGCACUUCGUGGGAAUGAUCUACCAGUCCAAGAUGCAUAUGCUGUGCCAAGCCUAUGAUCUGUAUGCCAAGGGACUAGAUGAGGCCAACAACGUCCUUUCAGACCUCAGGAGGAACACUGACUUCAUGAAGUUUCUCAAGGACCCCAUCCAAGACUCCAGACAACCUUCUAUUAGUGCCUUCAUCUGCAGACCAGUCCAGCAUAUCAACGACCUGUACCAAGUUCUGCGUGAGAUCUUCAUCAACACACCUGCUGACCACCACGACUACAAGGAGCUCAAGCAGGUCACUGAAUGGUUACAGGAAUGCACCACCAACAUCACCAACUACAGCUGUGUUGCCCGCGUCCAGAGCCUGACCUCUUUGACUUCUUCAUCCAGCUCGCAACAGGGAGGCCAGCGUCUGUCCUACUCAUCCUCCGCCUCCUCCGCCUCCAGCAGUGGCAGUGACGGUGGGUCCACAUCAUCGGGCAGGUCCUCCAGCAGAGCCAAGCGCCCGAACAUCAUCACCUCCGCGUCCAUGGCAACAGUGCGAUCCGUCGAUUCCCAGGUGGCUCGUAUCCAGGACAACCUUGUGUUUGCAUCCAAUGUCCAGCCUUUCCAGCUUGUGCAGGAUGAUCGACACCUCAUCUUCGCUGGGGAUCUAUUCCGAUGGGAGGGGAAGCAGUGGGUCAAGGUUUACGUGAUGCUGUUCACCGACAUGCUCCUUGAGACUGAGAGAGACCGUGACAACCGCCUCAGAGUUUGUUGGAACCCUACAUAUCUCCGAAACGUCGCUGGAGUAGAAGGUCACAGGAAACACACCACUGAAUUGGUCCUCCACCUUGCCACCGCCAUCAAGGGAUCUAGCCGAAACCGUCACGACCAGGUCGACAAGAUGUUGUUCAGAGCACCAGAUGCCGAGCAGAAGUACGCCUGGAAGAGUCUUCUGGAGCAGCGCGUCUUUGAUGUGCGUGGAUCCCUGGACCACUACAGCUCGCACAGUGACUGCUCCGGAUCUUCCUCCGUCACCAUCUUGUGAAAUGGACAAAAUCAAUAGAUGCUUCCUCACGUAGUGUGCUGUUCUGUGCUUUUGUGAAAACAGUUGUUGUGUCAGCUUUUUGAGUGAUUCAUUUCUGGCAAAAAUCUGUGAAAUUGACACUUGUAACAGAAAUGUAAUAGACACUCCCUCAUAUAAGUGUACAGACUACACUUUAAACAGGAACCUUAAAGACUAUGUUGACACUGGCAUUACCUACAACUCUGUUUUAUAGUAGUUACACUCCAAACAGAGGGUUGGUGUCAUUCAGAAUAUUUCGUACCCGCUUCUGUUCAUUUUGCUUUUUAUGUACAAAUUCCUGUAAUACUCAUAUUGACAAUUGUUAGUAUCCCUGGGGGUUGGUGUUCCAAUCCUGUUAUACAACUAGAGCUUUAAUUUACCCAGUACUUAAGGCAGCUUUUCUAACCCAGUACUCUAAGGCAGCUUUUCUAACCCAGUAUUCUAAGGCAUCUGAAGUAAGCACAUGAUUUGGUGUUCUAAAAAAGUCUUUUAUCAACAGAUACAAUUUUUAAACAUAAAUUUCAAACUCUGGAAAUUAUAGAUGUAUGGUCAGCUCUGUCUGAGGUAGAAGAUUUGUUUUUGUUUGCUUGACUUUUGUCUGAAAACAGUGCUAUUAAUUAAGGUUUUCAGGCAUGGGCACUUUUAUUUCUUAAUUUGUAAAUAUGUAUGUACAAAUUGUAUUUAAAACUUGUAUCAUUUAUGUAAAUAUGUAAAUGAUUUCUCAGUACAGAAUGUAUUGAUGUUUAUUUGUAAAGAUAUCUGUAAUCGUAUAUCAUACAGUUUACUUGUAUUUUAGUACAGUUUACUAGUAUUUUAGUAUGGAUUAGGAAUAAAAGAAAAAUCCUGAGAUUUAUAUUUAUGUU